UAAUAAUCUUCUUAAUAUUAGACCCUACCCAUAAAGUCCAUCUAAUCACUCUACAUUUAAACUCCUCAGAAUGUAGGAAGUAGUAACAGCUGGUUAUUACAUCUACCACUCACUUAAUUUAACACAUCUACAAUGUUAUGGGACAGCAGAUAGUAUAUUUAUAUUUACAUGAAAUCACGUUAAUUAACGUGCACUAUUCGUUUUAAAUAAACAAAUAAUUGGUAGCACUAAGAGGAUUGUUAGAACACCACCACCUCUACUUUAUGGAGCCAGUUGUGAAAGCAAUAAUCAGAAGCAAUUUUGCCUAAAUAUUCACUCAUUUUCUCUGUAUAUUAUUAUUAUUAUUAUUAUUAUUAUUAUUAUUAUUAUUAUUAUUCAUUUCAUACAGUAUACAUGCAUCUAAAAUGGUUUGCAAUGGAAUUAAGGGAAGAGUUUAAAGUGCUUCUCUUGAUACACAAGGCCGUCAGUGACCUUACCCCAGUCUAGAGGCCACUGCACUCCUGUGACUACAACUUUCUUUCUAGGUCCGGAUAAAAGAAGUGUGGCGAUCGGGCUGCUUUCAGUAUACGCUCCCAGGCUCUGGAACAGCCUUCCCCCUGAACUGCACACACCUCAUUGACACAGUUCUUAAUGAAUAUCAUCUUCAUUAAUGUUGUAUUGCAUGCUUAUUUGUUGCCUCUGCGAAGCACCUUGUGUACCUUUUGGCUACUGGAAAGUGCUAUACAAAUACAUUUUGAUUACUUGAUUUUGAUUUACUUGAUUCAUAACACAUGUGACAAUUAAUAUUUACUGCAUAUCGCUGUUCUCUUUUUUAAUAUAUCAUAUGUAAACUAUUUUUUGCUGACUGUGAGAAGCUGAUUAUUACUGAAAGCAUUCUUUACAAAAGCUCCAAGCCACCCCCCAGAUGGUUUAUUUCAUAGUUUGUUUUGACAAGUGCACAUAUACAGAUGCAGUGCUACUUGGACCAAUCACACUGUCCUAUUGGCCUUCAAUUACUCAUUGCAGGUUUACUUUACUGCUUUGGAGAGUCAUAGCCUUAUAUGGGUUUGAAAAGCACCAGGAUGAAACUCACUCCUCUUUAAGGACAAUUCUUAGGGACGAACAUGGUUCAACUGUGAGUUAGGUAGACGGGAUUGUGCAUACCCAAAGGGCAGCGCAAGAUGCCACGUAAGGAAAAAUCACAGAUUAGAGUUAACAAUGCGUAAGAUAUUUUUUUCUGCUAAUAUAAUCUUUGUGAUAUAUUGUUAUAAAAUGCAUAUUCUCAUAGACAUGAUCAAAUGUGUUGCUUUGUUCAAUAGUUUGAUGAUUUAUGUCUUCGUGACUCCAUAUCUCCGGUCUUUAUUUAGAUGUGUACAGGAGACAUGGACCCCUACCUUUUAAUGACGCCAGAUCCAAUGCCAAACAUUGGAAAACUCAGGUUAUACCUGUAGGACCAGUGCAAAUCACCGCUGUGUCAUCUAAGGUUUCACACAAGAAACUGACUUUUACGAGACUGAAACACAUAAGUUAAACGAAUAAUAAAUAAAGCCCUUAUAGCAUCGUCUUUCUGAUUCUGAGUAUUCUGUUUUCUAACAAGGCAUUGCUUCCUUCCUGUAUUUUCAAAUGCCUAUAUUUUACUGAAUGCCGUGGACGUUUUGAAAUGAGCAUUGUCCCUGCCAUAUUUUAUGUAUUAUCUUUAAGUCACUCAAACACUUUCCCUUUUCAGGGGUCUCUGGCAUGCAUGACGUCACGUGGGGAAGCGCUCUUACUUGCCGGAUUAGCGCGUGCUUGCGCGUGUGCCGUGCGUGAGUACGAUGAGCAGAGCGUCAAUGCGCACCAGCAGCGAGCUGCCUGGUAGCGGUGUUCCUCUGAUGUGAUUGGGCGGAGGGCGGUGAUUCCUUUCUGUCACGAUUCUAGUGUCGCUCCCAGCGGAGGACACGAACCGUCCUAGUCCAGAGCUCCAGCGAGGACACACCGCGCGCAUGAGGGCGUAGGGACUGUAUUGCCAACCCGGGAUUUGCCCUCGUGUGAAGGAGAGGAGGUUGGAGGAGAGGAGGGAUCUUUUCAUCUAAAGGGGCUGCGGUAAAAAAGUCAUCCAAGAUGCCGGUGUUUCAUACCAAGACAAUUGAGAGUAUCCUGGAGCCGGUGGCCCAGCAGAUCUCCCACCUAGUCAUUAUGCACGAGGAAGGCGAGGUGGAUGGGAAAGCCAUCCCGGAUCUGACUGUGCCAGUGGCUGCAGUGCAGGCAGCAGUCAGCAACCUUGUGCGGGUCGGGAAGGAGACUGUCCAGACCACGGAAGACCAGGUGAUGAAGAGAGACAUGCCUCCUGCAUUCAUCAAGGUUGAGAACUCCUCCUCUAAGCUGGUCCAAGCCGCUCAGAUGCUGAAGGCAGACCCUUACUCCGUCCCAGCUCGAGAUUACCUGAUCGACGGCUCCAGGGGGAUACUCUCUGGGACCUCUGACCUCCUGCUCACUUUUGACGAGGCAGAGGUGAGAAAGAUAAUCCGAGUGUGUAAAGGAAUCCUGGAGUACCUCACUGUAGCAGAGGUUGUGGAGACCAUGGAGGACCUCAUCACUUACACCAAGAACCUAGGACCAGGGAUGACUAAAAUGUCGAAAAUGAUCGAUGAGAGACAACAGGAGCUGACCCACCAGGAGCACAGGCAGAUGUUGGUGAGCUCCAUGAACACAGUGAAAGAGCUGCUGCCUGUCCUCAUUUCAGCUAUCAAGAUCUUUGUCGCAACCAAAACAAGUCGAGGAGCUGGUGUGGAGGAGGCUGAGCGCAACAGAAAGUUUAUAUUUGAAAAGAUGAGCACUGAAAUUACAGAGAUUAUCAGAGUGCUACAGCUCACCACAUGGGAUGAAGAUGCCUGGGCCAACAAGGAUAUGGAAGCUCUGAAGAGAUCUCUGGCAGUGAUUGAGUCAAAGAUGGCUCAAGCUAAAGCCUGGCUCAAAGACCCUCAUGGACAGCCUGGAGAACCUGGUGAGGUGGCUCUCCGUGUCAUUCUGGACGAGGCUGGUAAAGUGGGGGAGCUUUGUGCUGGAAAAGAGAGGAAAGACAUUUUAGCCACGGCUAAAGCUCUGGGGCAGAUGAGUGACCAGAUCACAGAUCUGAGGGCCAGAGGCCAAGGGCAGACACCAGGCUGUGUGCAGCGGGCCGGUCAGUGCUCUCAGGGCUUAGACUUGUUAUUUGGCAAAGUGGACAAUGCUGCACGCAGACUAGAGGCUCUAAUCAACGCAAAGCAGGCCAUUGCCAGGAGACUGGAUGCUGCACAGGCUUGGCUAGCUGAUCCUCACGGGGGUCCCGAGGGAGAAGAAAACAUUCGAGCAUUGUUAGCUGAGGCUAAACGCAUCGCUGAUCUGUGUGAAGACCCUAAAGAAAGAGAUGACAUCCUUCGCUCCAUCAGCGAGAUUGCAGGCCUCACUGCCAGACUUGUGGAGCUCAGGAAACAGGGUAAAGGUGACACCCCUGAGGCCCGAGCUUUAGCCAAACAGAUUGGCGCAGCAUUGCUAACUCUACAGUCCAAAACCAACCGCGCUGUGGCUAACAUGAGGCCGGCGAAGGCUGCUGUGACUUUGGAGGGAAAGAUGGAGCAAGCACUGCGCUGGGUGAACAAUCCCGGAGUGGACGACAGAGGAGUUGAGUGUGAGAUACUACAGUGGCACGAAGGUCAGGCAGCGAUCAGAGGCAUGGUGGGAGAAGGCAAGAGGCUGGCAGGGGGCCUGCUGGGUCCAUAUCGACAGGACAUGGUUGGACGCUGUGACCGGACAGAGGCACUGAUGGGGUCUUUAGCCGAGAUGGCAGGUCGGGGUGAGGCUGAGGCACCCCAUGCACGAGCUACAGCUGCUCAGCUCCAGGACAGCCUGAAGGAUCUCAGACAGCACAUGCAGGAUGUGAUGACCCAGGAGGUUUCAGAUGUUUUCAGUGAUACCACAACCCCUGUAAAACUCCUCGCUGUAGCUGCAACUGCCCCUCCUGAUGCUCCCAACAGGGAAGAGGUUUUUGAAGAGCGGGCCGGGAACUUUGAAGCCCAUGCUGGCCGGCUUGGGGCAACAGCAGAGAAGGCAGCUGCAGUGGGGACAGCCAAUAGGAGCACAGUGGAGGGCAUCCAUGCUGCUGUGAAACAUGCCAGGGAACUCACUCCACAGGUGACUUCUGCUGCUCGUAUUUUGUUGAAAAAUCCAGGAAACAAAGCUGCAUAUGAGCACUUUGACACAAUGAAAAACCAAUGGAUUGACAAUGUAGAACGACUGACUGGUCUCGUAGAUGAGGCUAUAGACACAAAGUCACUAUUGGAUGCAUCAGAGGAAGCCAUAAAAAAAGAUAUUGACAAGUGCAGAGUAGCUAUGGCCAAUGUUCAACCUCAAAUGCUGGUUGCUGGGGCUACGAGCAUUGCAAGGCGAGCUAAUCGAGUUUUACUUGUGGCCAAAAGAGAAGUGGAAAACUCUGAAGAUCCACGAUUCAGAGACACAGUGAAGCAUGCCUCGGAUAUCCUUUCUCACACUAUCUCCCCCAUGGUGAUGGAUGCCAAGGCUGUGGCUGGGAACAUACAAGACAAAGCUUUGCAGAAAGCUUAUCUAGACUCCUGUUUGCGGAUCCUGGCUGCAGUGGGAAAAGUCAGAGAAGCCUUCCAGCCACAGGAGCCCGAGUUCCCUCCUCCACCACCUGAUCUAGACCAGCUCCAUGUGGUGGAUGACCAGCAGGCUCCCCCAAAGCCCCCUCUACCAGAAGGAGAAGUGCCCCCUCCCCGCCCCCCUCCUCCUGAAGAGAAGGAUGAGGAGUUCCCUGAGCAGAAGGCUGGAGAGGUGGUCAGUGAGCCCAUGAUGGUGGCAGCCAGACAGCUGCACGAUGAGGCUCGCAAGUGGUCAAGCAAGCCUGAGGAUGAGGAGGCAGGAGAAGAGAGGGAGGUAGAUGAGGAAGAUGAUUUUACUGAUGGUGAGGAUGACUAUGAGCCAGAGCUGCUGAUGAUGCCCUCCAACCAGCCAGUCAAUCAACCCAUUCUGGCAGCUGCCCAGUCUCUACAUCAGGAGGCUCGCAAGUGGUCCAGCAAGGGUAAUGACAUUAUUGCAGCAGCCAAAAGAAUGGCUUUGCUAAUGGCAGAGAUGUCUCGACUGGUGCGUGGUGGAAGUGGAAACAAACGUGCCCUGAUUCAAUGUGCUAAAGACAUCGCCAAAGCUUCAGAUGAAGUAACCCGGCUGGCUAAAGAGGUGGCCAAACAAUGCACUGACAGGCGUAUUCGGACUAACCUCCUGCAGGUGUGUGAACGAAUCCCUACCAUAAGUACUCAGCUGAAGAUCCUCUCAACUGUCAAAGCUACUAUGUUGGGACGAACUAACAUUAGUGAGGAAGAGUCUGAACAGGCCACAGAGAUGUUGGUGCAUAAUGCCCAGAAUCUUAUGCAGUCGGUGAAGGAGACUGUUAGAGAAGCAGAAGCAGCUUCCAUUAAGAUCCGCACAGACGCUGGCUUUACCCUUCGAUGGGUUCGUAAAACUCCUUGGUACCAAUAAAAUCCACACACAGUGUUCAUAUUUGAGGUACUGUGGAUGUCUUAAGACUACUACUAAUAGUUGGUGGAAUGUGUCAUCAAGCUUUUUAACAUGGGAAAACAGCAUACUUGUCACAGUUUUAUUUAAACAUAAACAUUUAAAGGUAGACAGGUUUAAUAUAUAUUUUGCUAUGUUUUGUUUGAUGAAAUUUACCCGAAUCCCAGGUAUAUAUUUUGGCAUGAAGAUUUUUGUUUUCUAUUUUAUAAAAAUAGCACAGUUAUUCUAUUCAGUUUGUAGUAAGAGUAAUCUUUGUAUAUACAACAUUGUUUUUGUUUUAUGGUCACAUAUUUUAGCUUUACUGACACUAUUUUGAAGAGUCGUCUGGACUCUGUUUACUUUUGUUCUUAACAUUAAAAUUAGUAGUAAUACACUCUAUGGCCCUUUCAGGUGACGGCUACAUGCCACUAAGAUAUAGUAUUUACGUACAUUUAGCUAUUUUAUACUAUUUUCUGCCACUCAAAACACUUAAUGGCCAGGAGGUUUUACUUCUGAGGUGCUGAAUGUGAGACUAUGAAGUUUAAAUCAGACUUAGCUUUUUGAGUUUUCUAAAUAUUUAUAUUAAUUAAGUAUAGGAGAAAUACCAAAGGAUUUAUUUUGUGAGCCAUUUUGUUUUGUCCCUGAACAGUCAGGUAAGAAACAUUAGUGUCUUUCUCCUUUAGUCUGAAGGUACAAUUUGUUGCACUGUUUAUGCAUAACAUGAACUCCCUCAAGGCAGUGAUUGUAGUCAAAGAGCAUGUUUUAGACUUUUGGCUUCUUACUUAUCACUGCUCUAAAGCACAUUUGACAAGUGUUAUUCACAACCCUGGUGGUUUACAGACAAAGCUAGAUUUGUUGAGUAUAUUUUUUAUUUAAGUAAAAAAAAAAAAAACUUAU